UAGCUUCUUCUCUUCACGAGUCAAGAUUAGUUUAGGGUUUUGUUUUUGAUUGAUUCUUGAAUCAGUCAAUUUUUUUUAAAUAUCGUAAAAGGGUUUGCUUAUUUACUUCUGUAUCUCCUUGCUUGAUUCAAGAACUUGUGGUUUUUUGAUGUUUUGUAAUCGUUCUAUGUUACCUUCAAUUCACAGAGUGUACUAGGGAUGGCGACUGAAAAACCUAUUACUACGGAGACUGUUGCUCUCACUGAGAAGAAAAUGGACAUGUCUUUAGAUGAAAUUAUUAAGAUGGAAAAGAGCAGUGCCAAUGUGAAUAACGGCAAGAAACAAAGAGCAUCGAAUAAAAAGGAGAAGUUUAAUGGUGGUGUUGCUAAAAAUAGUGCUGUAAAAGCACAGCGUUAUAUGAAUUCGCGUUCUGAUGUUAGACAGGGUGCUUUUGCUAGGAGAAGGACUAAUUUCCAAGGAAACCAGUUUCCUGUAACAACUGUUGUUGCUCGUAAAGCCGCUUCUGGUACUCCGCGUGGUAGACCUUAUAAUGCUGGAAGGAUGACGACUAAUACGAAUCAAUCAAGGUUCAUUACUCCGCCAGUUCAGAAUAGAUCUGUACAGAGAGGGUUCGUUGCAAAGCAACAUCAGCAGCAGCAAAGGGUGGUAAACAUAGAGCAGAAGCAAGCUAAUGGACAAAGGCAAUGGCCUCAGACGCUGGACUCUCGGUUUGCAAGCAUGAAAGAAGAGAGAAUGAGAAUGAGUAGAUUUGUAGACAAUAGAAGCAAUGGAGGCAACAAUGGCGCUGGAUUGUAUCAGCAGCAGCAGCAGCGUUCGACGGUCCCGUGGGGGAGAAGAGCUACAAGAUUCCCCAACUGAUUUAUAUGAUCAUCAGAACAAUGGCGUUUCUUGGGUAGGGUGGUGAAUACAUUUGCUACUUAAUGCAAUUUGGUUUGGUUACAAUAUAUUUAAGUGUAGAACAUUCAUUUGUGAAUCUCUUAUUCUCUUUCUUGAAAGUUGAAACUAGCAACAAAAAUCAAAAGAUCUUGGCUGUCCUUUGUGUUCUUGACUUCUUGCUUGGUCAGGGAGAGAUAAAUUGACCAUGUUACCCUUUCA